AUGCCCCUUCGACGACCGUCUUUCACUUCGUCCCCCCUCCCGAACCAGUUGGCCAACUCGUAUACAGACAGUUGCCAGGCCCAGUCCUGUUCGCCUAGCGUCUUAGUGACCCGGUCAACAGGGGAGCCGGCAAACUUGCCUUGUCAACACGAGGCUAUCUCUCCAGACCUACCGUCCGGGCAUUCCUCUGCUUACAUCAAAGCGCCUCAGCGGGAGAGUCCCGCCUACGGGACCUAUUCUGACUGUGGUGAUGCCAUCUUGAGGCAGUCAGAGGCGAUGGCGAGCCUCGGAAACGGAGCCUUCACCAGCGGUUCCCCAAUGCCUUGCUUGUUGUCCCCGGCCUACACGAGUGGGUGCAACCCAUUUCUACCGCCCAUCCACGAACCCAGAGCCCCUGACCGGUUGCGCUCACUGGCCGACGCGUUGACAGAUUGUUCGAAUCAACAGUUGUCAUUCGAAGAAGGCUCAAGUCAACCCAAUCGUUCCGCAGCCUCUUGCCUGUGCUCAUCCUCCGCCUCCUCAUCCUCCUCCUUCACUUCCGCCUCUUCUUCAUUGUCAUCGUCGUCGUUCACUUCUACUUCCUCCUUGUCCAUACAGUCAGCCUUGUCGAGCCUCGAACAAGCCAUGUUCCGGCCACUUGAUUACGUACUGGCGAAACCGGGCUCUUAUACUUCGGCCUGCGAUCAAAUGCUUGGGUCUCAGGGGCAAGCGCCGGCCAUCGGCGUCUUGAAUAACCAGCUUCUCAUGCAGCCUCAAGAGCAAGCAUAUUGGCUCCAACCAAGUCGUUUCACACUCAGAGGGUCUCGUUUGGCGACCGCACGUAGAUUGGAAAGGCAGGGAAGAACAGAACAGGAAGAGCUGGAAAGGUUUGGAGACGAAGCAGUUGGACUAGGAUCAACGACCAGUAUCGAUUGGCUAGGCUCACCAUUUGAGGCUAGCGCCAUAAUCAGUGAUCACUCUGACUUCGGCUGUCCUUCUAUACAGCUCGGGGAUCAGGCGACAAAAGAGGCUUCUAUGGGAAAUGCUGGGACAAUAAGGGAUUUCGGGGCUUGCGAUGACUUUGGUCACUAUCUCGAGAAGCGGAUUAGGGCUUGCGGGCCCGAUUUUGGUGCGAUGAUCGACUAG